AGGUGUUGCGAGCGCUUCCUGCCCAGUAAGAUUAGUUGAGUUGUGUUUAUACGUGUGGUUGUGUGUUCUUUCUCAAAUUAGGCCACACAACCUACGACCCAAAAAAAAUUAAAAAAAUCUUCGAAAAAAUACAAAAAAAUUGAAAAAUCCGCUGAAAAUCGUCGCAACCGUCGACAUAUACUGAGGCGCAGCACUCCGCAGCCGUCAUCAUGAAUCCUGGAGCGCCCAACUAUCCCAUGGCAUCGCUCUACGUCGGCGAUCUGCACACGGACAUCACCGAAGCGAUGCUGUUUGAGAAAUUCUCGUCGGCUGGACCCGUAUUGUCGAUACGUGUCUGCCGCGACAUGAUAACUCGUCGCUCGUUAGGCUAUGCAUAUGUUAACUUUCAACAACCGGCCGAUGCUGAGCGAGCUCUCGAUACAAUGAAUUUUGACAUGAUAAAAGGGCGUCCUAUUCGAAUUAUGUGGUCCCAACGUGAUCCCUCUUUAAGAAAAUCAGGUGUUGGAAAUGUAUUCAUAAAAAAUCUUGAUAAAAAUAUAGACAAUAAAGCAAUGUAUGAUACUUUUUCCGCUUUCGGUAAUAUACUGAGUUGCAAGGUUGCACAAGAUGAGUCUGGCGCCUCCAAAGGCUAUGGCUUUGUCCAUUUUGAAACCGAAGAAGCAGCAAACAAGUCUAUUGAUAAAGUCAAUGGCAUGUUAUUAAAUGGAAAGAAGGUGUACGUUGGUAAAUUUAUUCCGCGCAAGGAACGCGAGAAGGAACUGGGUGAGAAAGCUAAGCUGUACACGAAUGUGUAUAUAAAGAACUUUGGGGAGGACAUGACAGACGACAAGCUUAAAGAGAUGUUUGAAAAGUACGGGACCAUUACUAGUCACAAAGUGAUGAGCAAAGAUGACGGUAAAUCACGUGGCUUUGGAUUUGUUGCGUUUGAGGACCCGGACGCAGCUGAGCAGGCAGUGCUCGAACUAAAUGGCAAGGAAAUUGCGGAGGGCAAAUGCAUGUACGUCGGGCGUGCUCAAAAGAAGGCCGAACGUCAGCAAGAAUUAAAACGAAAGUUCGAGCAACUAAAAAUUGAACGUCUGAACCGCUACCAGGGUGUAAAUCUGUACGUGAAAAACCUGGAUGACACGAUUGACGACGAACGUUUGCGAAAAGAGUUUACUCCUUUCGGUACGAUUACGUCCGCGAAGGUAAUGAUGGAGGAAGGACGUAGUAAAGGUUUCGGCUUCGUGUGCUUCUCACAACCGGAGGAAGCCACAAAAGCGGUUACAGAGAUGAAUGGGCGCAUUGUAGGCUCGAAACCUCUCUAUGUUGCUUUGGCACAGCGCAAAGAGGAUCGAAAAGCUCACCUCGCUUCUCAGUAUAUGCAACGCAUGGCAAACGCUCGUAUGCAGCAGAUGGGUCAAAUAUUUCAGCCUAGCAAUGCCGGAAGUUACUUUGUGCCUACGUUGCCGCAGCCACAGCGAUUCUACGGGCCCGCUCAGAUGGCGCAGAUUCGUGCUACUCCACGCUGGCCAGCACAGCCGAAUCAAGUGCGCCCCAACGCCCAGACAGGUAGCUCUGGAUUUGCAUCAAUGCAAGCCGCACCUUUCAGAACGGCGCCGCGCACUCCAGCAGCACAAACUGGAGCCUUGCGUAACAGCAUGUCUGCUAGACCUAUCACAGGUCAACAAGCGGUCGGUGGUGCUAAUAUGCAGAGCAGGUCUAUGGCUGGACCAGCUGUUGGAGUCUCACCUGGGCAAAGUCGUCCGUCCAACUACAAAUACACAGCGACUAUGCGUAAUCCACCUCAGGCGGCUAUGGCGCUACCAGCACAGACUCCUUCAGUGCAAGGACAAGCUGUUCAUAUCCAAGGGCAGGAGCCGCUCACCGCGUCGAUGUUGGCUGCGGCGCCACCACAAGAACAGAAACAAAUGCUCGGUGAACGAUUGUUUCCGUUGAUUCAAUGUAUGUACCCACAGUUGACGGGCAAAAUCACUGGUAUGCUGUUAGAGAUCGACAACAGUGAACUACUUCACAUGCUGGAGCACAACGAAUCGCUGAAAGCCAAGGUCGAGGAGGCUGUGGCCGUAUUGCAAGCCCAUCAGGCCAAACAAGCAGUUGCACCGAAAAAAGAAUAAAGCUAUACCUUUCCUGAGUCAUUUAUUUCUUUGUUAUACGCUUUGUGUACAUUUUAUGUACUCUUGCUCUUUUUUUCUCUAAAAAUUCAAACAUACGUAAGUACAUUGAAUUGUAGUUCUACGAAACGAUUUUGAGCAAAAAUUAUUGAAUUGAGACAUACAAUAUACUAUAUUCUUUCUUCACUUAUUUUUAUUUUUCUGAAUUUACUCUAAUUUAAUUGUCUAAGUAUAAUGUUUUUACACAAUGAAAUUGCUUUCAAGGAACUUAACGGCGGCUCGUGAGUGAUUGUCGCUUAGGUAUAGAAAUGUAUACUCCUUUUACGAUGUAAAACUUUAGAAGGAGAAGCCUUUUAUGAUUGAUGUAUCCGAAUAACGCUCAGUGAGAUAUUGAUUGUGAAAAAGCUUCUCCAUCUAAGACUUUACGAUAAUAAAUUUUCUUUCAAUGUAA